AUGGGGAAAAAGAAAAAUAAUAAAGCAAAGGAAGUCAAAGAGUUUGUUAUGGAAGGUCUCAAGGAAAUUGCUGAAGAAGUCAUUCAAGAAAAACAAGACAAAAGCAAAGGAAAAUCAAAUGUUAUGAAAAAUUCUGAAGACAAUAAUACAGGAAAGCAGGGGAAGAAGGUUUUUGAAGAAAAUAAUGUAGAUGAGAAAAAGAUACUGAAGGCCAAGAAGCAAAAAAAUCAAGAAAAAGAAACAGGAGAGUCUAAAAGCAAAGAGCAAAAUGUAGAGGAAGAGAAAGAAGCAGAAACCAAUGAAGACUCUGAAAAUGAAGAAAGCAAUGAAAUUGAAGAAAAGAUAUUAAGGGUGUUUCUGUUGAAAAAGAGAAUAAAGGAAACCAAAGAGGAGGAUACUCAUAAUAAUCAAGUUGAAGUAGAUGUUACCAAGGUUGUUGCAAAGGAUACUAUAGAUGAAGCUGAGGGAAACAAAGACAAGAAUCCUGAGACUGAUCUAAAAAUUCAAUAUUCAUCAACCUCUUUAAUUCAUCCUAUUUUAUUGCAAGAGGAAAGGGAAGAGGAAGGACAAGGGGAAAAGGGAGAUAAUAUGUUGAUACAAAAGGAUCGUUUGAUUGUCAUCCUCUAA